AUUUUCCCAGGAAUAUCACCGUUUUGUCUUCACGAUGAAGUCUCUUUUGCUAAUUUUUGCAUUGAUCAAUUCUUUAAUGGGCCAUGAGAACGAUACUGCUCCGCCUAUCUACAUAACGCAGAGCAGGGACGAAUACGGACAAUAUUUUCUUACGUACGAGGCAGGUGACGGGACGGUAAUCAGCGAACAAGGAGUUCUGAAACCUACACCGGACGGGACCGACAAUGUUCUCGUUAAGCAAGGUUCGUACAAGUUCACUUCACCUGAGGGAGUUCCUGUUCAUUUAAGAUACACCGCUGACGAAUAUGGAUUUCACCCGCACGGCAACGUUCUGCCGGUCUUCCACCCUGAUUAUUUUUGAAGAUAUGAACAGAAAUAAAAAUACUGUGUAAAUAUUAUUUAGUAUGUUAAAAAGUGUUGUGUUAAAAUUUGUAUUGCAAUAUGUUACUGCAAUGAUAUGGGCAUUGUUAUUUUUCCCAUAUUACGUCUGGUUAUGACGUGCAGAUUGUACACAUUUUUGCGAUAUUUCGUUUAGGCCUUUAUUGUUUCUUUUUGUUAAUUUCAUAAUUAUGUAUUUUUCAAAUGUAGCUUUUUCUAUCAAGGUAACCCGUUUUCCCGUUAAAUUAUCUUUUAUCAUUUAAAAUUAGCCAUUUUUUUAUUUGAACUACUCUUUUUCGCAUCACAUAACCAGUUUUAAUUUCAAAUUACUUUUUACAUUGAAAUCAAACAUUUUAAUUUUCUUUUUACUUUAA